GCUCUCUCUAGGGUAUUCACAUUUUCAGCCGCAGUGCUCUUCUUCGGUUCGGAAAUGGCGAAGAGAACCAAGAAGGUCGGAAUUGUCGGGAAAUACGGAACUCGUUAUGGAGCGAGUAUCAGGAAGCAGAUCAAGAAGAUGGAAGUCAGCCAACACAGCAAGUACUUCUGUGAGUUCUGUGGAAAGUACGGAGUGAAGCGAAAGGCUGUUGGUAUUUGGGGAUGCAAGGACUGUGGCAAGGUUAAAGCUGGUGGUGCUUACACCAUGAACACCGCUAGUGCCGUCACCGUUAGAAGCACAAUCAGGAGGUUGAGGGAGCAGAUCGAGGGUUAAAUCAAAUCUUACUUUACUUUAAUCAUCUUUCAUUUGGCUUCGGCAUUUAUGUUUCGGAAUACUUUCUUGUUUUUGGUUCAAGACGUUAUUACAUUUAGCCGUGAAACAAUGUUUUGUUCGAGUUUUGAUUCACUUUCUGUUUCUCAUCACUCCGGAUUUUUCUUGAUUACAUCUUUGUUUUAAACAUGUUAACUAAUUCUUG